GACUUCUUUUCCAGAAAUGUCUAAUGCAAAAGAAAGAAAACAUGCUAAGAAAAUGAGAAACCAGCCUACCAAUGUGACUUUAUCCUCUGGCUUUGUGACUGAUAGAGGUGGAAAGCACCAUAAUGAAGGUCAGAAACCUCAGAAGCAAGAGCCUCAUUCUGGAACUUCAGGACAGCGGCAAACCAGAAUUCCUACCCAUUCAUUGCCUGAGCCAAAUGUGAGUGAGCAGUCUUCCUCCAAAGUAAUGUUUAAGAAAAAAGGAGGCUGGAAAGCAGGUCCCGAUGGCACUUCUCAGGAGAUUCCCAAGUAUAUAACUGCUUCUACUUUUGCUCAAGCACGAGCUGCCGAGAUCAGUGCUAUGUUAAAAGCUGUAACCCAGAAGUCUUCUAAUUCACUGGUUUUCCAGACUCUGCCACGGCACAUGCGACGGAGAGCCAUGAGCCACAAUGUCAAACGCCUUCCUAGACGAUUACAGGAGAUCGCCCAGAAAGAGGCAGAAAAAACUGUCCAUCAGAAGAAAGAACAUUCAAAAACUAAGUGCCAUAAAGCUCGAAGAUGUCACAUGAAUCGGAUUCUAGAAUUUAACCGGAGACAAAGGAAGAACAAAUGGUUAGAAACUCACAUCUGGCACGCCAAGCGGUUUCACAUGGUCAAGAAGUGGGGCUACUGCCUUGGGGAGCGGCCCACAGUGAAGAGCCACAGAGCCUGCUAUCGAGCCAUGACAAACUCCUGCCUCCUUCAGGAUUUAUCCUACUACUGUUGUUUGGAGUUGAAGGGCAAAGAGGAAGAAAUACUAAAGGCACUUUCUCCAAUGUGUAGCAUGGAAACAGGACUGACGUUUGCAGCAGUUCACUGCUUGUCUGGAAAGCGCCAAGGGAGCCUUGUGCUUUACCGGGCCAAUAAAUAUCCCAGAGAAAUGCUUGGGCCUGUUACCUUUAUCUGGAAGUCGGAGAGGACCUCUAGUGACACUUCUGAGAGCAGGCAGCUGUGGAUCUGGCUGCAUCCAACUCUUAAACAGGAUAUCUUAGAGGAAAUUAAAGCAGUGUGCCAUUGUAUGGAGCCCAUUAAAUCAGCUGCUUCCAUCUCUGAUCCACUUCCGACACCAUCCCAAGGAAAAAGCCAAACUGAACUGUUGGAUGAGAAAAUUGGCAAGAAAAGAAAAAGGAAAGAUGAUGAAAAAAAUUCUGUACCAGUUAAAAAAGUUGUUGGUGAUGGAACUAGAGAUCCAUGUCAACCAUAUUCUUGGAUCUCUCCAACCACAGGCAUUAUAAUCAGUGAUUUGACAUUGGAGAUGAACAGAUUCCGGCUGAUUGGUCCACUUUCCCACGCCAUCCUAACUGAGGCUCUGAAAACUGCUGCUGUCUGUGUGGAAGGAGAGGACAUGGAGAAGACCCCUCACUACUGGUGGAUUGAAACCUGUAAGAAUCCUGAUAGCAUUUCCCUUCAUUGCAGACAAGAAGCCGUUUUUGAAUUGUUGGGAGGAAUAACAUCACCAGCAGAAAUUCCAGCAGGUACUAUUCUGGGACUAACAGUUGGGGAUCCUCGAAUAAAUUUGCCUCAAAAGAAGUCCAAAGCUUUGUCUGAUCCAGUAAAAUGCCAAGAUAAUGAGAAAGUUAGACAGCUACUUCUGGAGGGUGUGCCUGUGGAGUGUACGCAUAGCUUUAUCUGGAACCAAGAUAUCUGUAAGAGUGUCACAGAGAAUAAAAUCUCGGAUCAGGAUUUAAACCGGAUGAGAAGUGAAUUGCUGGUACCUGGGUCACAGCUUGUUUUAGGUCCCCGGGAAUCCAAGAUACCUAUACUUUUGAUUCAGCAGCCAGGAAAAGUGACUGGUGAAGACCGACUAGGCUGGGGAAGUGGCUGGGAUGUCCUGCUUCCAAAGGGCUGGGGCAUGGCUUUCUGGAUUCCAUUUAUCUAUCGAGGUGCAAGAGUUGGAGGAUUAAAAGAGGAUAUAGUACAUUCUCAGUAUAAAAGGUCACCCAAUAUCCCAGGUGAUUUCCCAGACUGCCCUGCGGGGAUUCUGUUUGCUGAAGAGCAAGCUAAGACUCUUCUUGAAACGUACAAAAGACACCCUCCUGCCAAACGGCCCAACUAUGUUAAGCUUGGCACUCUGGCCCCUUUCUGCUGCCCCUGGGAGCAGUUAACUCAAGACUGGGCAGCAAGAGUCCAGGCUGAGGAAGAAUCUUCUGUAGCUUCAUCUCCAUGUGGUGAGCAGAGUAACCUACGAAGACAUAAAGUGUCUUGUGCUCUCAUGCCCAAAACAACUCAGCUAUCUGAUGAAGUGGGCACACCCAUACACCACCCCAGGGAGCCAGAAGAAGUAAUGGACACAGAAUGUCAAGACCAGGCAGGGGUCAAGAAGGUAACAGACCAGGAAGUCAGUGAGAACCAUAUUGCUGCCACUGGUAAUCAUCUCUGUGUUCUCAGGAGUAGAAAAUUACUGAAGCAGCUGUCAGCCUGGUGUGGGUCCUGUUCUAGGGACAAUCGGGCAGCCUGGCGAGCUGCCAGCAGAGGCCAGCCAGCAUUGACAAAGGAGGCCUGCCUGUCUGUCUUGGAGCACUUCCCCAGGGCCCUGGUGUGGGUCAGCCUGUCCCUGCUCAGGAAGGGCAGCCCGGAGCUGCACACCAUGAUCUGUGUCCCAGCCCAGGAGGACCUCUUCCAGCUCAGUCAGGAUCGGCAAUACUGUGGGCCCCAGGAAUCCAAACACAGCGACCCAUUCAAGAGCAAGAUCCUGAAACAGAAAGAGAAGAAGAAAAUGGAGAGAAAGCAGAAGCAGGAACAGGCUGUUUCUGAGGGCCUGGCAGUGGAGGAUCCUGCAUUGGGGCAGGAAGAUCUGACUCUGGGGCUGUGGUCAGGCCCUCUCCCGCCUGUGACUUCCCACUGCUGUAGAGCUCUCCUAGGCUUUGUCACCCAGGGAGAUUUUUCCAUGGCUGCGGGCUGUGGGGAAGCCUUGGGGUUUGUUAGUUUGACAGGCUUGCUGAAUAUGCUGCUGAGCCAGCCAGCAGCAGAGAGGGGCUUGGUGUUACUGAGGCCUCCUGCUUCUUUGCAGUAUCGAUUUGCCAGAAUUGCUAUUGAGGUAUGAAUGUGGCUUAUAUCCCAGCAGGAGAGCCCUGUUUUCCCUGUCUUUUGCUCCAUAUUCCUUGGA